AUGUCGGAGUCAUUGAAGACGACUGGUCAGGAAGAGAGGUCGGAGUCAUUGAAGACGACUGGUCAGGAAGAGAGGUCGGAGUCAUUGAAGACGACUGGUCAGGAAGAGAGGUCGGAGUCAUUGAAGACGACUGGUCAGGAAGAGAGGUCGGAGUCAUUGAAGACGACUGGUCAGGAAGAGAGGUCGGAGUCAUUGAAGACGACUGGUCAGGAAGAGAGGUCGGAGUCAUUGAAGACGAAGACAUAGUGCAGUCAGAGUCGGCAAAAGAGAGAAAUGUCGAUGAGCUGAAACCGCUCAUGUAAGUGGGGAGAGCAGAAAGUAAAUAGUACGGCGAGACUGUCGGAUGCUGACCAGAGGAUGGUUUACAUUUGGCCGAGAGGGGCGGAGACGUCGCUGGAUAGUUUAUUUUUUGGCACCUUUUAGCGGAAGCCGCGCGCGGAGGCAACUUUGUUUAUCGGAUGUGCGCGGACUGUCGGCCGCCAUGAAAGAAAGAGCACGGACGACGGUCCCGCCGUUUUUACGAUCCAAGGGUCAGGGAUCUAGGCUAUCAAGCCAUUGCUUACUGACCAAAAGUUGGGAAAAUUUUUUUUUUCAAGUAACUGACCAAAAGAAAUUGUUGUCGCCGUGAUAUUUUUUCUUUCUUUUGAAAGGUGUAUAAUCUGUUUAUUUCGUAUUAAACUUUUUGCGGAAUGCUACCUCUAAUUUAGUGACGUCAAAGGUUUCAUCGUACAAGUGGGACCGUCUCUUGGGGUAAUGAAUUCACUCAUAGCAUCAAGUGGAAUGAAUUGAGCAUGUUUUGGCAAUCAUUUUGAUAUUAUAACUUGCCAAGUUUUUGUCGAUUCGUCAGUGAACUACACUCACUGAAGUACUAUUGACAGUGCAUAAACGUUUGCAGCCGUGUCAGGGCAGCCGUGAUAUGUACCUCAUCAGCAGCAAGUGCGCUGGAUAGAGCAAUCCAAGAGGAUCAUUUUUUUAUACCAUAACUUGCCCCUUUUUUUCACUUUUUUUCGCUUAGCUGGACUUGCUGACUUUACAUCAAUUCGUUCACAUUUUUAGUACGAAAAAGCAGCAAGUCUAGCGCCGUAGCCAUGACAUAUACAUACCCAGCAGCAAGUGCGCUGUGUAGAACAAUCCUAGAGGAUCAUUUUGAUACCCUUACUUGAAUGAUUUCAUCUAUUCUCCGCUGAGUUAGACUUGCUGACUAAAUCUACCAGUUGCAACUGGUAAUUUUUUGGAACGACCAGUUGCAACUGGUAGAUUUAGUCAGGAAGUCUAACUCAGCGAAAAAUAGUCAAAAGUGGGCAAGUAAGGGUAUCAAAAUGAUCCUCUUGGAUUGCUCUAUCCAGCGCACUUGCUGCUGCUAGAAUAUUUUCAACAUCCAGAGUGCUGCUCGCGGAGCCAAAGUUGGAAAAUCAACUUUUCCAGUGUUUUCAGAAACAUCCAGAAUUGUGCGCGCUAAGGAUUUUUUGGGUCGAUGAACACGUUCCCAAAAAAGCAAGUGAAAUUAAUCAGUAUUCAUCCGACGGCACGCAUCUGAACUCAGAUAAUUUUUAGCAAGGGUGGGGCACGCGAGCGGCAAGUGGACAGCAAGUUGCUACGGUAGCAUAGGAUGAGCAUGUCAGCAGGAAAAAAAGUGGGAUGGGAAGGAAGCAAGGUUUUUUUGAGCGGCAUAGAAGCAGCCACGGUAGCAGGGUUCAGCGCGUAGCAUGCACGGAAUCGGCACCCUUACAGCAUUUUGCCGCAGAAAACGGCAUGCAUGCCGCUUCCAGUCGGCACCCAUGAAGAUUCUUGCGGCCGCGCUUCUUGGCUGUUCUCAGACUUAAGAUGCGUGCCGUCGGACGAAUACAAUCAGUAUUUCACUUGCUUUUUUGGAAACGAGUUCAUUAUAAUGUAAACUAACUAGGGUUGGCAGCGGGGCGCCCCUCGCCCCCGACCGGUUUUUCCAAAAUCGAGUAGGAAUUUUUUUUGAAAAGUUUUCUCAACGCACGUUGAUAGUGAAUAAACUCAUUAAUCUACUAAAUUUUUUCAGAAUUUUAAUUACACUUUAAGGGGCCGGGGGGCGAACGAGGGUGUGUGGGGCGCGGGGGCGCCCCGUUGCUAACCCUAAAACUAACAAAAUGACACAAAUAAGCACGCACGAAACAGCCAUAUUUCGAAAAAAGCUAAAUUACUAAAAGCUAGGUCAAAAUUCAUUUAAAAAAAAACCCUGCUUAGAGAGGCACUUGCUGACCAGCCGGACCUCGCUCACUGACCAGCAGGUGCUUCAGACCAUGGGACUUACUGACCACGGACCCCCCUGAGAGUUGGUCCUAGAUCCCUGCUCCGCAAUCAUCUUCCCGAGCACAAUGCGCACGGUGACGAACCCGAUCUGCUGUUGCUCUGCGCGACAGCGGACGGCGAGAAAGAGAGCACGCUUCUGGAAUUGGCGGUCGACGGGCAAGUCGAGGUCGAGCUGGUGUACCUUCCGAAAAUGAGAUACGAGGAGAAGGCGUGGAUCGCGACGAUCGAGCAACGAGAGACGAUUCUGGAGAUUAAGAGGAACGUGGCCGAGACGCAGAACAAGACGGAGGCGACGAGGGAGUCGUACGUGCCGUGCAGGAAAGAGUUUUUGGAAAUUGCCUCCGUUAGUUCUCGAAUAUUAUAGUUCUCCUAGUUCUCGAACUUUAACUACUUUCAGUUUUGGCCAAUCUUCCCGUUCAACAAGAAGUUGAGCCAGUGGGCGCAGAAACUCAACGUCGACGAAAAAGAUUUUAAAGAGAUGAACCUCUUCCAAAUCGCUCAUCUUGUCAUCAGUACGGACAGGAAAAGCAAGCAGAAGACUCGAGUGAGUUCAUUUUUCGCCUUUUUUUGUACCGAGUAUCAAAGUUUGAAGUUUGCAGGCGGGAUCCCUGUGGAAAGAGCUUGUGGAGCUUGUGAAAGCAAAAGAUGCUGCACAAACGAAAGAGUUUAUCGCGAAGAACUGGCAGAUGAAGAUCGGAAACUAUACGAGCCAAUACGUGGUGAAUGCGCCGGAAGUUCGGGCGGAUCACAAACUUCUGUGGACCGGCCUGCCGCAGGGGCCGAACAACAAAAUGAACAGUCUCGUUGCCAUUAAGGCCGUCCACGAGUACCGAAUGCUCGCCGUCCUCCUCAAAACGCCUCCGCAAUGCUUCCUCGAACCGUACUACGAGGCGAAAACGUCUCCACCGCCGGGAACAAGGAUCUCCUACCGGCACUACUGUCUGCUCCAUUCGCGAUGGGCUUGCGACAGUCUCGGAGGCCGAAUCAAUGAAUUGAGUGCGGCGGAACAGCAAAAGUUGUUCGACAUAAGCUUGACAAUGGAUACCGAUGAGCCGGAAUCCUGGCACGAUAUGUUCGUGCUCCUUUUUCCUUGA